GACCAAUAGGCGCGCUCCGUAGCGUUGGUGUGCUCGUGUAGCGGGUGUAGCGUGACAUUGCGGAGCUUCGUGAAAUAAAUACCGUGUGUGUUUGUGUGUGUGUUCGUAUGUAUGUAUCAUGAAUUUAUUUUUAAGACCAGCGCAGUUAUUGCUGAGCGCAGUUAGGAGUAACCCGGGCAGGGUUCUCCUGCAGCAGCAUUUUGCACCCGGUCCCUGCCUGCCCAGACCAGCUUGCAGCUGGAUCCUCUCUCGGGAAGCAGCUGAGCGCCCGGCUGUGCCGUGCGGAGGGCUUGUGGGGCACUGCGAGGGGGGCGGGGUGCUGCAGCGGCUGGGCGGGGUAGCGCUGCCCUGGAGCCAUCAGCAGGUCCGCACCCGCAAGAGGGGCACCGAGUACCAGCCGAGCAACAUUAAACGCAAGCGCACCCACGGCUGGGUGAAGAGGAUCAGCACGCAGGGGGGCAUCGAGGUGAUUCUGCGCAGGAUGCUCAAGGGAAGGAAGUCGCUCACACACUGAGCUCUGCAGUGCUGCGAGGUUCAGAGCCCGCUGCUCUGGAUCGGCCCGCUGUUCUGGAUCAGCCCGCUGCUCUGGAUCGGCCCCCCCAUUCGAAUUCCUGCCGUUACACCAUGUACUGUAAAGAAUAAUAAACCAAUGUACAUUUCUUU